AUGGGGAACAGCAGCCUCCAGGAUGGCGCAGGGAACGGCCAACAUCUGGAAGCCAAAGGUCCAGAUGUGACGGUCCAAACUGAGCGCGCCCCAAACGGAGACUGUGCGCUCCAGACGCGUCUGUACCGGAGGCGCUGGGUGAUCGCGUUCCUCUUCAGCUCCUACUCUCUGUGCAACGCCUACCAAUGGAUCCAUUCUACAACGUGGAGGGCAUCGCUGUGGAUAAAGGUGGCCAGCGCGAGGCCCGACCUGUUCUGGGUCACCAUGCUGGGACAGGGCGCGAGCUCUCUGGCUCAGAUCUUCAUCCUCGGGAUGCCCUCCAGUCUGGCGUCCACCUGGUUCGGAGUCAACGAGGUUUCCACUGCCUGCUCCAUCGGGGUUUUUGGGAAUCAGUUGGGUAUUGCCAUCGGCUUCCUGGUGCCACCCAUCCUUGUGCCCAAUGUGGACGAUCUGGACGAGUUGGCGAGUCACAUCCGAGUCAUGUUCUAUAUUUGCGCAGGCGUGGCCACCGUCAUCUUUGUGCUUGUGCUCAUUGUGUUUCAAGAGAGACCAGAGAUCCCUCCAACCCAGUCCCAGGCUCUGGCCAGGAACUCCCACCCCGAUGAGUACUCCUACAGGGCCUCCAUCCUGAGACUGCUGCGGAAUAAACCCUUCAUGCUGCUUGUGAUCAGCUAUGGGUUGAACGUGGGCUGCUUCUACUCUAUUUCUACACUGUUGAACCUGAUGAUAAUCAAAGAAUAUCCUGGUGAAGAGGUGAAUGCUGGGAGAAUCGGCCUGACCAUUGUGGUUGCUGGCAUGGCAGGAUCCCUCAUAUGUGGCAUUUGGCUUGACAAGACCAAAACUUACAAACAAACCACUCUGGCUGUUUAUAUCCUUUCUUUGGUUGGGAUGCUGGUUUACGCCUUCACCCUGAACCUGGGUCACCUUUGGGUGGUCUUUAUCACAGCGGGGGUUUUAGGCUUCUUCAUGACAGGAUAUCUUCCUCUUGGGUUUGAGUUUGCAGUGGAGCUCACGUUCCCAGAAUCUGAGGGAACCUCAUCAGGACUGCUUAACUGUUCGGCUCAGAUCUUCGGAAUCAUUUUCAUCAUCAGUCAAAGACAGAUUAUUGAAAAAUGGGGGAACUUUCCUGGAAACAUCUUUCUGUGUGUCUUCCUGCUUAUAGGAACAAUAAUAACGGGACUAAUCAAAUCUGACCUCCGGAGGCAGAAGGCCAACCAGAAGAUGGAGGUGCAGACAGUGAGUCAACUGACGGCUGAUACAGGAGUUGUCUCUACGACUGAAAUCCUGAAGGAGAGAAAGUUAUGAGGGUAGUCUUCUAAAAAAAAAAUGCUUGAAUAGAUAAAAAAUUAAUUAAAUAAACUAGUAUUAACACCU